UAGAGGGGGGAGAGAGGGGGUGAGACUAAGAGAGACAUUGAGUUGGAAAUUGCAGGUGGUUCUUUUGUUGCCUUGGCUGAUUCAUUCCUGGAAGCUUCUUUUAUGAGUGGAUUUUUCUGAGAUCCAUGAAAUUGUAGAGUCUGGGGCAAUUUACAGUUAAGAGUUGGCACCUUGGAAUUCCUUUUAUGCAGAGUGAUAAUGAACUUGAAAAGGUGGAUAUGAAAGCUAUUAAAUUGGAGUCGGAUUUUGUUGCGGUUGGACUAGCAGAAGUGGGGAAAAAAGUGCAACGUGUCCAAUUGGCCAAGCAUCUAAAGUCCUCGGCUCAAUUUGGAAGACAAGAAUUUGAAGAAAAUAGAAGUUCAACUGCGCUAAGCCCUGGUCAAAGUAGCUCUAGCGUUUUGGAGCAAGGACAAUCUCCAGAUGAUACUGGCAUUUCUUCUGCUUCAACCAUAUGUCCAGCACCACUUUGUCGUCAAUUUUGGAAAGCUGGGAACUAUGAUGAUUGUCUUGGUUCCAAGGUCACUCUUCAAACAGAUGGAACAAAUUAUCUCCAUGUCCACCCUAUGUUUCUUCAUUCAAAUGCCACUUCACAUAAAUGGGCCUUUGGCGCUAUUGCAGAAUUGCUUGAUAAUGCAAUUGAUGAGAUCCAAAAUGGAGCCACUUUUGUCAUCGUAGAUAAAAUGUCAAAUCCAAGAGAUGGAAGUCCAGCAUUGUUAAUUCAAGAUAAUGGUGGUGGAAUGGACCCAGAAGCAAUGCGACAGUGCAUGAGUUUUGGGUUUUCAGAUAAAAAAUCCAAAUCCGCUAUUGGACAAUAUGGUAAUGGCUUUAAGACCAGCACAAUGAGACUUGGGGCAGAUGUUAUUGUUUUCAGUCGCCACUUGCAUGAAAGGGCAUUGACACAAAGCAUUGGUCUUCUUUCUUAUACAUUUUUGUUGCAAACAGGCUAUGACAGGAUAGUAGUGCCAAUGGUAGAUUAUGAGUUUAAUGCAAAAACUGGAAAUUUGGAAGUUUCAAAUCGCUGUGGUAAGGAGCAGUUUUUGUCUAAUCUUUCUAUUCUGCUACGUUGGUCUCCAUAUUCAACAGAAGCGGAGCUUCUGAAGCAAUUUGAUGACAUUGGAUCGCAAGGGACAAAAGUUAUCAUCUAUAAUUUGUGGUUUAAUGAUGAUGGGGUUAUGGAGCUAGACUUUGAUAAAGAUCCUGAGGACAUUCAUAUUGGUGGGGAUAUAAAAAAGGUAGGCGCACACCCUGCUUGGAGGACUGUUAAUGAACAGCAUAUUGCUAACCGGUUGCAUUAUUCUCUCCGAGUGUAUUUGUCCAUUUUGUACUUGCGGAUACCUGAAAGUUUCCAAAUAAUAUUGCGUGGACGACUUGUUGAGCAUCAUAAUCUUGCCAAUGAUCUCAAAUUUCCAGAAUUCAUAUUGUAUAGACCUCAAAGUGGCGGAUGUGUAGAGGGUGAAGUUGUAACCACGAUUGGUUUUCUAAAAGAAGCUCCACAUAUCAGUGUUCAUGGUUUCAAUAUCUACCACAAGAAUCGUCUAAUACUGGCAUUUUGGCCAGUUGUGAGCCCUAGUAACAGUAGGGGUAGAGGCGUAGUUGGGAUAUUGGAAGCAAAUUUUAUUGAACCAACCCAUAACAAGCAGGAUUUUGAAAGGACUUCCCUCUUUCAGAAGCUUGAAACUCGAUUGAAGGAGAUGACUUGGGAAUACUGGGAUUAUCAUUGUGGACUAAUUGGGUACCAAGUCACGAAAAAGACUCCAGCAACAGAGCCCAAAUGCAAUUCAUCUUUUGGUAUGGGACAUGGUAAUGCAAAAUCUGUCAAGUUGAAUCAAAGCGCCCCUUGUGUUGGUAGAGCAAAAGCAUCAUCUGUUGCAGGAUUGCGCACAAAAAGGAAAGAACAUGAUGACUUGGUGGAACUUGGCAGUGUGAAAAGACAGGCAUCAGGGGCCAAGGAAAUUGUUUCAGGGCAGAGUUUUGAAUCACAGCCCAUCAAUACUGCAAGUCAGUCAAAACAUGAGGAGGCUAUAAAAUUGAUGCAGGAAAACAAGAAACUUCAAUCACAAUGCUUGGACUAUGAGAAGAGGAAGGAAGAACUUGAUUCCAAGGUGACAGCUCUUAGAAAUGAGAUAGGAGAAAUUCAACACCAGUAUAAACAGCUUAUGGCUGAACUAACAUCAUUGGAUUUAGUGAAGGUGGAAAAGGAUGUAAAUAUGUAGAUUCUAUCUGCAACUCUGCUCAAUUCUUUUAUUUUGAAGAUCGAUCUCUGAUGUACUUUAUGUAUCAAGAAUAGAGAGAAAGUGCAAAGUUUUCAACCCUUGAAAGGGGUUUUGGCCAUCGAUGGAAUCAACUUGUAAUCUAACAGCUUUGUGAAAGAAACAAUCUCAGGUGUAGUUGGUGGUUAACGAUCAUGUUAGUACACAGUCACUUCUUUCAAUCUUUUGAAAAAUCGUAGGUUAGAGAAUAGAACUGAAUCAGUGUAAUCCAUGAAUGUACAUGCAAAUGUAAAUCCAACACUCCAGCAAUUAGUUUGAACUUUCCUACUUUGAUGUCU